AACAUCAUUUGAAAGAAUCUCGAGUGGUGGAGACAGAUAUCUCGAUUGUAGAAGAAGAAGACAGAGGCGGUAGGAAGGAAUUAUGAAUCCGAUAUCAUCCAGGUGGUUCACCUCGACUUCUCUUUUCGCAAUCCCUCACAGAACGGCAGUUGUCUCCGCCAUGGGCUUCUCUUCUUCGCAAGAGGAAGAAGAAAAGCUGAGAUUGGUUCUCAAGUACCAUAACCAGACGAAGCACUCCUUGACCGGUUAUGCCAGAGGCCCUCGAGGUCUCGACUGGGCCAAUCAGCCCAAUCCCUUUCGCCGAUACCUCUCUGCGCCUCUUCUUCCUCUCCAACACCAGUCUCAGGACGGAGACUCUCCUCUCUAUCCUUCUCUCUUCGAUUCGCUUCCCCACCCUAAGCCCAUCUCUCUCUCCACCAUCUCUCACCUUUUCUACCAUUCCCUCGCUCUCUCCGCCUGGAAAACUACCGGAUUCUCCACGUGGCCACUCCGCGUCAACCCCAGCAGCGGAAACUUGCACCCCACCGAGGCUUACCUCAUUUCUCCGCCCAUCGAUUCACUCUCCGACUCCGCUUUCGUCGCCCACUAUGCUCCCAAAGAGCACUCUUUGGAGGUUAGGGCUCACAUCCCUUGUUCCUUUUUCCCCGACGAUUCCUUUCUCAUCGGCCUUUCUUCUAUUUUCUGGCGUGAAGCCUGGAAGUACGGAGAACGAGCUUUCAGGUACUGUAACCACGACGUUGGUCACGCCAUUGCCGCUCUCUCCAUCGCUGCCGCUGAUCUCGGCUGGGACUUGAAGCUUCUCGACGGCUUCGGAGCUGACCAUCUCCAGAGGCUUAUGGGUCUCCCCGAAUUUCACACACCCGAGGAUAAAGAGGGUAAAGGUAAGUCCCCAGAGGUUGAAUACGAGCACCCUGACUGCUUGCUGCUUGUUUUCCCCAACGCCGCCACUAGAACUAGAGCCAUCGACAUUGACUACGACGGUGUUAGCUCUGCUAUUAGAGCAGAGUUCCCCAGUCUGGAUUGGAAAGGAAAGCCCAAUGUUCUGAGUAAAGAGCAUCUGUGUUGGGAUAUCAUCUACAGGACAGCCGAGGCUGUGAAGAAGCCUCCAUUGACCUCCAACUCGUCGUCUUCAAUUGAUGCUGCUUCCUCCUCGAGAAGCAGUGCUGUGUUUGCCCAGAGUUCAUAUAACAAGUUAACGGCGAGGCAAGUUGUGAGGAUGAGAAGAAGUGCUGUUGAUAUGGACGGUGUUACUUUUAUAGACAAGUCUGCGUUUUACCAGAUGUUGAUCCACUGUCGAGAGCACCUUGCACUGCCCUUUCGUGCUCUUGCUUGGGAUACUGCUGAGGUCCAUCUCGCGCUGUUUGUGCACAGAGUUUCGGGUUUGCCCAAGGGUUUGUAUUUCCUAGUCAGAAACGAGGAUCAUCUCAGUGAUCUCAAGACUGCUAUGAGGCCUGCUUUUGAGUGGAGGAGACCAGAUGGAUGCCCGGAUUAUCUUCCUCUCUACAAGCUCGCCGAGGGUGAUUGCCAGAAGCUCGCAAAAGAACUAUCAUGUCAUCAGGACAUUGCAGGGGAUGGAUGCUUCAGCCUAGGCAUGGUGGCUCGGUUUGAACCAGUGCUGCGGGAGAAGGGUUCAUGGAUGUACCCUCGACUGUUCUGGGAGACUGGUGUUGUUGGGCAAGUUUUGUAUCUGGAAGCACAUGCAAUGGGGAUCUCUGCAACCGGGAUCGGGUGUUAUUUCGAUGAUCCAGUGCACGAGCUCCUCGGGAUUAAAGACACGAGCUUUCAGAGUCUCUACCAUUUCACUGUGGGAGGUCCGGUUUUGGACAAGCGGAUCAUGACCCUGCCUGCUUAUCCUGGUCCCACCACCGAUGCCUAAGAUCUUAAAUUGAAUCGGUAAGCAGCCCUUCGCAUGCAUUUUGUGGUGUAAUAAAUCAGCUCACCUGUAUGUAGUUGAUGGUAAAUAUCCAAAUCUCGGAUCCGCUGACAAGAGUAUAAAAGGGUCUCUGUGUUGUGUUGUAUUGAAACACAGAUUUACGAGAAAAGGUAAGACUUUUUUCA